UAUCCUUUGCCUGAAUCUUCCUAGCUCCUCAACCUUCAUAAUGCCGUCGAUGGCAGGGCCUCUCGAGCUUCACUUCCAAUUCAAUCACCUCUCUCAUUCAUUCUCCGUGUUUCUCUCUGUCGGUUGAUCAUACUUACCGCGGGCGGUCAUGGUGAAUAUGAGAAAAAUCCUGCGAAAAGUGGAGAGAGAAGUAACAAGGCCAUUCAAACGACGCGGCAGGAGCCCUCCACCAAAGCCCCCUUCCCCUCCGCCGUCUUCCCCGCCUCCUCUGCCGCCCCCUGAGCCGCCGCCCAUGGCCUCCCCCCCGCCUAACUUCCCCUUCCUCUUCCCCGCAGCCCAAUCGUCGGUCCUCCCCGAACCCUCCCUCUUCUUCUCUCCUCCCCUCCUCUCCACUCCCUUGCCCACCAACUCCUUCUUCCAGAACUUCACCCUCAAAAACGGCGACGUACCGGAGUACAUCCACCCUUACCUCGUCAAGCCUUCCCUCUCCUCCCUCUCCCUCUCCUACCCUUCCCGCUUCUCCAACUCCGCCUUCCUCUACCAGGUCUUCAACGCCGAUCUCACCAUCUCCGCCGCUGCUCCGCCCGACCACGGCCCCAGCUCCGGCCGCCACGUCAUCUCCUCCUUCGGCGACCUCAGUGUCACCUUGGACUUCCCAGACUCAAACCUGAGGUUCUUCCUCGUCCGUGGCAGCCCCUUCCUCACAUGCUCCGUCUCCAGAGGAACUCCGAUCACGAUCUCAACCAUCCACGCUAUCCUCUCCCUCUCCUCCAACAGUUCCCUUACCAGGCACACCGUUAAGCUCAACAACAAUCAGACUUGGAUCGUAUACACUUCUUCGCCGGUCAAUCUUGCUCAUGAUCUUAGCGCGAUCACUUCCGCUGCGUACUCUGGCAUUAUCAGGAUCGCAGUCGUGCCCGAUGGUUCGCGCGGCCCCGAGUACGAGUCCGUCCUCGACAGGUUCAGCUCCUCUUAUCCAGUUUCCGGUGACGCCUCGUUGAGUAAGCCCUUCUGCGUGGAGUAUAAAUGGCAGAAGAGAGGGUGGGGUGAUUUGCUAAUGCUAGCACACCCCCUCCACCUUCGGCUGCUUUCUCCCGACGACUGCGAGAUCAGUGUGUUAGAGAGUUUUAGGUACAGUAGCAUCGAUGGUGAUCUCGUUGGAGUCGUAGGUGAUUCAUGGGUGUUGAAGCCUGAUCCUGUCUCUGUAACUUGGCAUUCCAUUAGGGGCAUCAAGGAAGAAUCAUAUGGUGAGAUUGUCUCGGCCCUUUACAGGGAUGUGGAGGGCCUAAACUCAGCUGAGAUAACCACGAACUCUUCGUACUUCUACGGGAAGUUGAUCGCUAGAGCGGCAAGGCUGAUUUUGAUUGCGGAGGAAGUAUGCCUUUUAGAGGUGAUCCCUAGGAUAAGGCAGUUCUUGAAGGAGACGAUAGAGCCGUGGUUGGACGGGACCUUUAAUGGGAAUGGAUUCCUGUACGAGAGGAAGUGGGGUGGGAUUGUGACCAAACAGGGGUCAGCGGACUCGGGGGCAGAUUUUGGCUUCGGAGUGUACAAUGAUCACCAUUACCAUCUGGGCUACUUCCUUUAUGCAAUUGCGGUGCUUGCAAAGAUUGACCCUGCAUGGGGUCGGAGAUACCGGCCUCAGGCGUAUUCCCUGAUGGCAGACUUUAUGAAUUUGGGGCGGAGAUCGAAUUCUAGUUACCCACGCUUGAGGUGCUUCGACCUCUAUAAGCUGCAUUCGUGGGCUGGUGGGCUGACUGAAUUCGCCGAUGGGAGGAACCAGGAGAGCACGAGCGAGGCAGUGAAUGCGUACUAUUCAGCUGCCCUGAUGGGCCUGGCUUAUGGAGAUUCUCACCUCGUCACACUCGGGUCGACGCUCACCUCGAUGGAGAUCCAAGCAGCCCAAACCUGGUGGCAUGUUAGGGGAGGCGACAGCUUGUAUGGCGAGGAUUUCACUAGGGAAAAUCGAGUAGUGGGUGUCCUGUGGGCCAACAAGAGGGAUAGCGGGCUCUGGUUUGCCCCGCCAGAGUGGAGAGAGUGCAGGCUCGGGAUUCAGCUUCUGCCUUUGUUGCCAAUCACUGAGGUAUUGUUCUCCGAUGUCGAGUUUGCCCGGGAGCUUGUGAACUGGACUUACCCAGCUCUGGCAAGGGAGGGAGUUGGAGAAGGGUGGAAAGGGUUUGUGUAUGCCCUGCAAGCGGAAUACGACAGAGAAGGUGCACUGGACAGGGUCCGGAACCUACAGGGUCACGACAACGGGAACUCGCUGUCAAAUCUCUUGUGGUGGAUACAUAGCAGAGUUGAUGAGGAAGGUGUCGGAUUUAAGGGAGGCGGGAAGUUCUGCUGGUUUGGUCACUAUUGUCACUGAGUUUCAGUGCCUCGAUAUGAGCUGUCUCGCUAGUAUACUGCAUUGCUUCAAUCAUAUUGUCAGCUAUCUGCUUAUUCUACAAUAAAGUGAUUGUGCAGUUUGUUAUCCUUUUGCUUCUGUCGAUCUUUAUUCCAUCUGCUCCGUUCAUCUGUAUUUCAAUUUGCUGCUGUACAGAUAAAGUGAUUGGGUUUAUGAGAGGGCAUUUAUUUAUUGAUUUAUUACCUAA